GAGGGAGCCGUCUGCCUUCCGCUUUGGGCAGAAGGAUUGACACACAAUGAGUAGACGAGGCUGGGGAGAAGCUCCACUAACGCCGCUGUAAAUAUAUCCAUCAUUCACUGAGGCCGGAGAAACAUGGAGAACCAGUGCACAGUGCAGGUAAAGCUAGAGUUGGGCCACAGAGCUCAGCUAAGGAAGAAAGUGACAUCGGAAGGCUUCACCCACGACUGGAUGGUGUUUGUCCGAGGCCCAGAGACUGGUGACAUCCAGCAUUUUGUAGAGAAGGUUGUCUUCCGCCUGCAUGAAAGCUUCCCCAAACCCAAGAGAGUAUGCAAAGAGCCGCCAUACAAAGUGGAGGAGUCCGGCUACGCAGGUUUCCUCAUGCCUAUUGAGGUUUACUUCAAGAACAAGGAGGAGCCCAAAAAGGUGUGUUUCAAUUAUGACCUUUUCCUUAACUUGGAGGGGAACCCACCAGUCAACCAUCUGCGCUGUGAGAAGCUCACCUUCAACAACCCCACCAAAGAAUUCAGGAGAAAGCUGAUCAAAGCUGGAGGGGUAUUGGUGGUCCCCGAGGGGGCUGAAGCCAUGUCAAGGCCCAGCCCAGACUACCCCAUGCUCCCUACCAUCCCCCUCUCUGCCUUCUCAGACCCCAAGAAGACCAAGACCUCUCAUGUGUCAAAGGAGCCCAGCAAAGAAGGAAGUGGUGGCAGCAGCAAAGUACCCAAACCACACAAGUUAACCAAGGAGCACCGAGAGCGGCCACGUAAGGACUCUGAGAGCAAAGCCGCAUCAAAAGGAGACAACGAUAGAGACGGAAGCAGCAAGACUGGCCGUGAUCCUUCCUCUUCCUCAUCCUCGUCUUCUAAAAAGCCGUCAGACAUCAAAGUGAAAGAUGAAGUUAAGGUCCUCCCUAAGGCUGCCUUCAAGGAACCUAAACUCACCCUGAAGGAGUCAAAGAUGGAGGGCAUGUCCCCUAAAGGAGGGGGGGCUGGGAGUGGUGGUGGAGGUGGUGGUGGUGGUGGAGGAGGAGGAGGUGGCGGCGGAGGGCCUGCAGAGCCCAAAGCCCCGGGGAAACGACCCUCCACGGUGGAGUCUCCCAAACCAAGCGCUAAGAAGCAGAAGAAGGGCAGCUCCGAAGGACCGAAGGGGCCCACCAGCGGAGCCUUCACAGGAACCUCCCCCCGUGUAUCUUCCUCAUCCACAGCCAACCAGUCCUACGCUGAGAAGAAACCUCCAAAGGAGAAAGGUCGCUGGGUCAAAGGCAAAAAUGACACACAGGAACUGAAAGAGGCCAAGAAACUACAAGACUCAGAAGAGUCAAAUUCAGAGGAUGAAGGAUCUUCAAAGUCAGAGUCGGCUCCCUCCAGUCCUUCCAACUCGAGCUCUAGUUCUGAUUCCAGUUCAGACUCAGACUUCGAGCCGGGACAAAAACAAGGGCAAGGGCCUCUGCGAUCCAUGGUGGAGGAGAUCCAGUCAGAAGAGUCAGAUGAUGAUGACAGCAGCUCAGAGGAAGAAACGCCCAUCAAAACCAACCCAACUAACCGUGACUCUCGACUCAGCCUGGACAGCGAGAGUGACAGCAGUGAUGGCUCCCACCGCCCCAGUCGAGACCCCGCCCCGCCCCCACAGAAACACAGCUCCUCAAAUAACAAAGUGUCUGUCAGAAAAAGUCCAGAUUCCUCAUUUCGCUCGGAGAAGGUGAUGAAGAAGGGAUACGACAAGGUAGGAAGGGCCUACACAGAAGAACUAGUGGAUCUCCACCGCAGACUGAUGGCAUUGAGGGAGCGUAAUGUCCUACAGCAGAUUGUCAACCUGAUCGAGGAGACGGGUCACUUCAAUGUGACCAACACCACCUUUGACUUUGACCUUUUUUCACUGGACGAGUCCACUGUCCGCAAACUACAGAGCUACCUGGAGGCGACCACGUGACAGGAAGUGGAAGCCGGCCUGUGGAUGGCGGCAGCGGCGGAAGUAGCCUCGCCACUGCGUCUGCUCUUUGAGGAGAUGAGUAGCCAGAUCUGUCGCAGCCCUGUCACAGGAUUGACUGAACCAUCGAAUAACUACCACACAAAAAGAAACACAAGAACAAACACAAGCACACAUGAAGACACACCACCGCCACCUUCACUCGACACUGGGGAGAAAACUGGAGGAACAGGAGGUGUGGAAGGAGACACCGGAGUUGCUGAACUCCGUCUGCAGUCAGGAUUUUCACUACACAUCUCGUCUUGAGUCUGUGCAGUGCUGUGGAAUUCACCCCACACCCCCUCCUCCACCCUCCUGCACUCAUAUUGCUCCCGCCUUUGCAAGCCUAAUACUUCCCCUCCUCCUCUCCUUCCUCCCCCUUUACAUGCACACUCCUUACUCGGCAGAACACUCCAACACCCCCCACCCCCCGUUGUCAGCUGGAGCUCAUUUCUCUCCCGACAUACUCUUGAGGUGUGUGUGUGUGUGUGUGUGUGUGUGUGUGUGUGUGUGUAUGCUCGUUGUCUGAGCAUGUGUGUGCAAGCACUGCUGAGGUUUAAGAGGAGAUGUUGUCUUUGUGGUUACUGACUUUUCUUUGUUUGUGAAGCUUGAACACAAACAGCCAGUUUGAUUCUUUCCCCCCAAGCACACGCCAACAUAUAAAGAAUUAAGGUAGCACUUUACUCUAUUAGCCACCCAUUUAACAUUAAUAGGUAUUUAAACUAAACAAAUGGAUUGUAACACACUAUAAUAUAGUUCUGAGCAGAUGUAAAGGUUUCUUCAUAUAUUGAAUUGACCAGAAUAUAAGGCAGCCCUUUAAAAAGACCUUUUACAAUACUUCUUUUUAAGUGGUUUUCAUGCAUGAACUUUGAGCAGUUUUGGGAGAAAUAGGAGAUUAUUUGUUCUUACAGUUUUCCUUUCUCACACACAGCGGUGAGAGGUUUACUUCAAACCUUUUCAUUACUGGAAAUACUACUAAUGUGGUUUAGGCAAGGGUCCUGCCUUGGUAGAAUAUGCAGGAGGCCACAUGCAUGAUUCCCACUCAGUCGCUGUGUACCCACCAGAUAGUUAACUGCACUGUUUGCAUGUGGGCUCAAUCUGACAUUAUGAAACGUUUUACUAGGGAGCUGGUAGCACUGCGUCGGGCACUCCUCUGUCGGGUGGUCCGGAAAGGUUCGGGGCUGCAGUGCUUGUGUGGAAACUGCUUUAGAGAGGAGAUUCACCAAAUAAUGCUGCUUAGAAACUCCUGUAAAUAAAAGCCAGAACGUCUUAUAGUGCUGACUGACUCGGACUUGCCUGCCAGUCAACAUUAAAGCUACAAAUAGAGGCAGCACUCUGCCGGAGCAAUAAUAUCUGACAACUACCAAUUUUUUUUAAGAAAUAAUUUUCAGAGAAAUGAUAGUCCUGUUUUAUGGCAAUUUUUAAUGAAUUGUACUCAUCAAAGUCCAAAGUGUCUGUUGUUGGCCUGCACAGCCACGCUUAAAGGGGCUGUGAAAUCUGUCAUAAAUAGUGUUUAUAUAUAAUUAUAGUGUGUUAUAAACCAGUUGCUAAAUAUUUGCAGUGCUCAUAAAUGCUAAAUGGGGGGCUUUACAGUAAAGUGGUACCCAGAUUCAUGCGCAUGUUUGCCUCCCAGGUCCUUCCAACUGAACACUGUACAUGAAGACACUGAGACGUGUGCUGUAUGUGUGCGUGAGCCUUCGUUUCGGGUGAGGUUUCUCUGUUGUCUGAACAUCUGAAAACAUUCUCUUCAGUUCCCCCCCUCUCCUUCCUCGCACUGAAAGCUGAGCCUUGACCUCCUACCAACAGCUACCCCUCCCUUUCCCAAUGAAAGCCCUUCACUCCAUCCCCCCCACCACCCCCCACCUCUUCCCAUAUUGGCGUGCAUGAAAGGGCUCGACUGCUCGCAGCCGGAGCAGUGGAGGGUCACUCCUGAAUUGCCUUCUAAGUGUUGGGUAGGGCACGGUAGGGUGUGGGGGGGGAAUUCGGGGGUAGGGGUUAAAAAGCCGUGAAAAAGUAGCCAUACUUGUCU